CCGCCCCAGUUAGAUCUAGCAGCUGCUCAGCUCUGCGAGCCGGCAGGGAGGCGCUGCGCCCCCGGCCCAGCCGAUCGGGGCUCCUUCGUCGGCCCCUCCAGACGCCGCAGGAGUACCUCCUGCCGUCUGACUCGAGUCCCCGCUGCAGUGCACGCCCCUUCGGAGGCCAGGGUGGGGCCAGAGCGAACCUGGCCCUUCCCGCCCCCACCCCACCUUUGGGUCGCUGACCCCCCACCGUGGUGAGGGUUCCGGAGCAGGCACCACAGAGCCUGGGGGACCUUCUUGGCCCACCCAUGCCCACCCCACAUGAGGCUGAGACACAGCACACAGGGCCGGAGGAGGCGGACCAGCCGCCCCCUAUGUCCAGGCAUGAUGCAGCCCCUCCCGCCGUCCCGGCUGCCCCCGGGCGCAACCCCUGCUGCUUGUGCUGGUGCUGCUGCUGCAGCUGCUCCUGGAAUGAAGAGCGGCGGCGAGCCUGGUGGACCUCUCGGGAGACCAAGCUGCAGCCCCUUCCCAGCUGCGAAGCAUGUGCUGCGCCAAGCCCUGAGGAGGUGCGCAGCUGGGCUCAGUCCUUCGACAAGCUGAUGCACAGCCCAGCGGGGCGCAAUGUGUUCCGCGAGUUCCUGCGCACGGAGUACAGCGAGGAGAACAUGCUCUUCUGGCUGGCCUGCGAGGAGCUCAAGGCCGAGGCCAACAAGCACGUGGUGGACGAGAAAGCGCGGCUCAUCUACGAGGAUUACGUGUCCAUCCUAUCCCCCAAGGAGGUGAGCCUGGACUCGCGCGUGCGGGAGGGCAUCAACAAGAGGAUGCAGGAGCCGUCUGCGCACACGUUCGACGACGCACAGCUGCAGAUCUACACGCUCAUGCACCGGGACUCCUACCCCCGCUUUCUCGGCUCCCCAGUCUACCGCGCCCUGCUGCUCCACGGUUCCACCCCGUCCUUCUCCGAGGCCUGAGCCCGCCUCACACACCAGGACGCUAGGCCCCCAUGUGGGCUUCCACCGCGAGCUGAGGCGAGUAGGGGUCUGGGGCCCCAGGAAGUCCCGGCUGGCUGCUGACUCCAGGCUCCACCCCACGAGGCCAGGCAGGGGCUUCAGGUGCUCCAGGUCCAGCGGAGGCAAGUGUGGGGGCAUCUGCUCCGGCCUGGCUGGCGGGCAGCUCCUCCGUCACCGCCCCGAGAGGCUCCUGCACAUGGAGGGUCCCUCCCAGGAGGCACCUCUGGCCCCAAGAAUUGCCUUUGGUGGAGACUAGAACCUCUACACUGUCUAUUUUUAUAAUUCGUGGAGCCCCACACUAGAGCUGCCUUCUCGCUGGGAUCA